AUGUUAUCAAUGCAUUUAAAAUUUCGUAUUGUUACAACUAUUGAAGGAUUUAUUGGGACUAUAUUAAAUUUAUUAACAUUAUUUAUUGUAUUUAAAACACAAUUUGGUUCAAAAUCUACAACUUUAAUGUUAAGAUUACAGACAAUAUAUGAUUGUACUGCAUGCUUUUUAUAUGCAAUGUAUUCAGCAACAGAAAAUGAUAAUUUAUUAGAUAAUAAAAAUCCAACUGAUAUUUCAUUUAUCAAUGGAUUAUUAUGUUAUUUAUGGUCAUAUAAUAUUGCAUUUUGGUCUGGUGUUAUAUUAAGUGUGCAGAAUAUUGUAUGUAUUUCAAUUGAUCGAUUCAUAGCAGUUCUAUUCCCAAUCAUUUAUAAAACCCAUCAAUUAUUAUUAAUUAUAAUAUUUAUUACUUAUCAAUUAUGUAUGAUAGGAUUAUUAUUUACACCAAUAAUAUUUUUUAGACGUUUCGAUAAUGAUACAUGUAUUUAUGUACCUGGACCAAAUGGAAUUGAUUCAUCAACAUACAUUGCUUUUCGUGGAUAUACAUGGUUAUUAUUUCAGUAUAUAAUUCCAGUAUUGAUUAUUACAAUUAGUCAUCUUUCAAUUAUAAUAAAAUUAAAAAAGAGACAAUAUCAAUCUAAAACUCUUAGACCGAUUGAAGUUUCAAAUAGUAAUACAUUACGAAAUAAAGGAUGGGAAUUGAAUGAACAAAAAAAGUUGAUUAAAUUAGUUCUUAUCACGGCAAUAAUGUCUGGUCAACAAGCUACAUUACAUUUAUAUGAAUCUAUACGUUAUUUUUUAACUAUGUUAAAUAUUGUAAUUUAUGGUUAUGGUACUAUUGGACAACAAAUGGGUCCAUUUUUAAUAGUAUUAAGUAGUUGUAUUAAUCCAUGUAUCAUUAUUGGAACAACAAUAUCAGUACGUAGACGAUUUUCACAUUAUCUACAUGAAAUUUGGAUAAAAAUUAGACGGGGUUAA